AUGGCGAACGAAGUAAAGGAGACGACUGCUAAUGCAGCUACUACCAACAAUGAAAACACCAAGGUAGAAGACAAGCCUGUGAAUAGCACCACCGCCAAUAACGAGAACAAGGAAAAUGAAGCAAAGGAGGGUGAUAAUGAACAAGGCAACGGUAGCAGUGCUCCCUCUAAAAAGAAAAAGAAGAACAAGAAAAAGAAAAAGUCUCCAAAGACGCAAACUGAACCACCCACUGUACCUGUUGCAUCCAUCUUUACGAGCCAUGUGUAUCCUGAAGGUGAGACUCACGAGUACCGUGACGACAAUUUGUGGCGUACCACCAGUGAAGAGAAGCGUGCUGCUGAACGUGCCUCCGAGGAUGAUUACAAUGAUAUGCGCAAGGCUGCUGAGGUCCACCGUCAGGUGCGUGCCUAUGCUCAAAAAGCCAUCAAGCCUGGUAUGAGCAUGAUUGAGAUUGCUGAAUUGAUUGAAAAUGGUACUCGUGCUGUGGUCGAUGAGAAUGGUCUUGAGGCUGGUAUUGGUUUCCCUACGGGUGUUUCUCUCAACCAUUGUGCUGCUCAUUAUACUCCCAAUGCCGGUGACAAGACGGUCCUUUCUUACGAUGAUGUCAUGAAGGUUGAUUUUGGUGUACAUGUCAAGGGUCGCAUCAUUGAUUCAGCCUUCACCAUGAACUUUAAUCCCAAAUUCGACAAGUUGGUGGAAGCUGCCAAGGAAGCUACCUAUGCAGGUAUCAAGGAAGCUGGUAUUGACGUUCGCCUCUGUGAUAUUGGUGCCGCUGUCCAUGAAGUGUAUGACUCUUAUGAAAUCGAAUUGGAUGGUAAGACCUAUGAUAUCAAGCCCAUUCGCAACUUGAACGGCCACACCAUCGAACCUUACAAGAUCCAUGCUGGCAAGUCUGUACCCAUCAUUCGCAAUUCCGGUGACGAGACCAAGCUUGAGGAAGGCGAGCAAAUUGCUAUUGAGACUUUCUGUUCGACGGGUCGUGGCUAUGUGGUUGAGGAUGGUGAAUGUUCGCAUUAUGCCCGAAAUGCUGAUGUUGGCUUUGUCCCUCUCAGACUUCCUCGUGCAAAGUCGUUGCUUGCUACUAUCAACAAGAGCUUUGGUACAUUGCCAUUCUGCCGUCGAUACCUUGAUCGCAUUGGUGAACAAAAGUAUCUCAUGGGCUUGCGAAACUUGGUUUCCGCUGGUGUUGUCACUGAAUAUCCUCCCCUCGUUGACACCAAGGGCUGUUACACUGCACAACUUGAGCAUACCAUUUUGCUCAGACCAACAUGCAAGGAGAUUUUGUCCAAGGGUGAUGAUUACUAG